AAUUAUGAUUCAAUACAUCAGCAGUGACAUCUGGUUGUAGUCCUUCAAGAUAAUGUACUUAAUUUUUAACAGAUUUACUCAGUAAUUAUUUGUAAACAAUUCUGUGUUAAGAGUUGUGAAUUGAACACAUUGGUAUACAGAACAGGACAGAACAUAAGGCUAAAAUGAAUCCAGAACAUUCUUUAGAAUUUCCUUUGAAAAGUGAAACUGAAGGUUCAUUAUCACUACCUUCCAUAAAUCAAGAAAACAGCAACAUGGCUACCUUUAAUGGAACCAAUGAUAGAGACUUUUUGUCUCUGGAUUCAUUGAUGGACAUCAAAAUAGAACCAGAGGAAUUCUGUGAGUCUAAUGAAGGUGAUGAAUAUUCAUACGAAAUGAAUUCAACAGUGAAUGAAAAACAUCCGCAAACUUGCAAAAAGGAAGUAAAACAAGAAAGAAGGAAUAGUGACAAUGGAGAGAAGCUUUUCAGAUCCGCUGACUGUGAAAAAGCAUUUUACAAGAAAAUUAAUCUUACAAAUGAUAUCACAAAUCCUACCAGAGAGAAAUUCAUAUGUAAUGACUGUGGGAAAGCAUUUUCAAGGAAAGAUUGUCUUACAAUUCAUAUGAGAAUCCACACUGGAGAGAAUCUAUUCAUAUGCAACGAAUGUGGGAAAGCAUUUUCCCAGAAAUCACAUCUUACAGAUCAUACGAGAAUCCAUAAUGGAGAAAAGCCAUUCGUAUGCAAAGAAUGUGGGAAAGCAUUUUCCUUGAAACGUAAUCUUAUAGCUCAUAUGAAAAUCCAUACUGGAGAGAAGCCAUUUAUGUGCAAAGAAUGUGGAAAAGCAUUUUCUCGCAAAACACAUCUUACUCUUCAUAUGAGAAUGCAUACUGGAGAAAAGCCAUUCCUGCUAAUGUGGGAAAGCAUUUUCCCGCAAAACACAUCUUACACUUCAUAUGAGAUUCAUAAUGGAAAGAAGCCAUUUAUGUGCAAAGAAUGUGGAAAAGCAUUUUCUCGCAAAACACAUCUUACUCUUCAUAUGAGAAUGCAUACUGGAGAAAAGCCAUUCAUGUGUAAAGAAUGUGGAAAAGCAUUUUCCCGCAAAACACAUCUUACACUUCAUAUGAGAUUUCAUAAUGGAAAGAAGCCAUAUGUGUGCAAUGAAUGUGGGAAAGCAUUUCCCCAGAAAUCAAAUCUUGCAAUUCAUAUGAGAUUGCAUACUGGAGAGAAGCCAUAUAUGUGCAAUGAAUGUGGGAAAGCAUUUUCCCAGAAAUCAAGUCUUACAAGUCAUAUGAGAUUGCAUACUAGAAAGGAAAAAGAAACAUCAUGAUAAAAUAAACCAGUUAAGGCAGAGAUCUCUCAAAUGACCAACUAUAUGACAGAUCAAAAUCACUCACAAAAUCUGCUCAAGAAAAUAUGGAAAAUAAAGAAAAAAUACAGAAUAGGGGAUGAACAAGUGAGUGGAAAACUGGCAGAACACCAAGCCAAUAUAAACGUCCUAGCUUCACAAAUAGGAAACGAACAACAGAAGAUAAAAGUAAAACAAAUAAGUAGGCAGUUUGGUGAAAAUCCAAAGAUUGUGUAUAGGAAGAUGACGAAAGAAACAAUGGAGGUACGAACACCACCGAGCAAGGAAGACCUAGAGAGAUUUUAGAAGCCACUGUUUGAAGACCCUAGACAACACCAAGAGAAUUCAUGGAUUGACACCAUUAGGCAGAAGAACAGCCAGAAACAGCAAAUAAUAAAAAUAAUAAUAAUAAUAAUAUGCUUUAUUUCAGCUCGGGGCCAUAUACAUUGAAUAUACAAAAUACAGACAGUAACAUUCACAAUCUAGAUACAUGGGACAUGAUAAAAUAGAAAGAGAAAAUGAAUAAUCGGCACUUAUCCACAAAAUAGAUGAGGUAGCAUAAAAGCUAGUAAUCAUCAUACUGGUAAUAACAGUAAUAAUAUUGGUGAGAAAAAAAAUAUGCAUUGAGAGUAAUAACAGUUGGUGCACAUAUUAUAUAACUUAAAUUUCAACUAGAGACCUUAGGUGGUUACAGUAGUCAGGUCCAGAGGGCUUAAUACAUAAAUUAAAUGUAAAUAAAACUUUAACUUUAUAGUAAUCACAGUAAUAAUGAAAAAUUAAAAUAUCAGCAAUAAAUGUAAUAAUGACAAAAACUGCAGAUGACAUCUUGCCAAUACAGAGAUUAAGUCCUUUAGGGGACGAAGGCCUCAUUUUCCCAUCUUUCCCACAAUUUAGAUUUUCUUCUUGCUUCACUCCUUAGGAUGCUUUGUAUGAGUGAGUUGCUGCUGUUUCUCACUCGGGUUACCAGACUGGACAUUGUUCGCCUAACAAUGAUUUUUAAAUUGUCCAGGUGGUUUUCUAUGAACAUCUGUGUGGCGGAGUGGUAGCGGGGAGUGUUUGUGAGGCGUCUCAGAAUGUCAUUGUGCACAACAGUGAUGCGUCUCAUGGUCUCUCGGGUAUAGUUCGUCCAGAGGGAACACCCAUAGAUACUGUAGCAGUACGAGCGGAAAAGCAGCAGUUUUGCGUCUCGGUGACAGAAGGCAAACCUCCUUGCAAUCAUGUUGCCAGCUGCACAUAAUUUACGACGCCUCUGUUCAAUGUCUGCCGUAUCUUUUAGGUCGUCGGUGAUAAUGUGACCCAAAUACGGAAAUUCGUACACAAAUUCCAGCCGAUGGUUUCCGAGGAAAAUUUGAGGUUCUGCAAUAUCCUUAAGCGAUCUCGGGAGCAGCGACAUGCACUGGGUCUUCGUUUCGUUGUAGAUUAUAUCAAAUUCCUCUGCAUAUUGGCGGCAAGUGUCGAUGAGUCGUUGGAGACCUUGCACUAAUGGGGAAAUCAGAACCAUAUCGUCGGCGUAACAGAGGUUGUUUUUAGUUGUUUCAUUGACGGUGCAUCCGAUUGGGAGCGAGUUCAGUUUGACAUUCAAGGCAUCUGUGUACGUAUUAAACAGGUAUGGAGAGAGAAUGCCCCCUUGCCGAAGCCCGUUUAAGGAGCCGAAGGUGUAAGAUAAUACGUUACCCCAUUUGACACAGAAUUGCUGUGUGGAGAACCAGCAAUGUAAAAUGCCAUUUAGAUACAGGGGUGUGCCCCUUUUAUCCAGCUUCAGGAAGAGCUUCAGGUAGUUUACUCUGUCAAAUGCUUUUCUCACAUCUACGAAACAAAGGAAAACAGGAGAGGCUGAUGAUAGGUAAUAGUUCAGCAAUUCUUUCAGUAUGUAGAUGCAGGUGUCGGUUGAGUGGUUUGCUUUAAACCCGAACUGGUUGUCAGUGGUGUGUAGAAAGGGGAGAAGUCUCACUAGAAGAACAGACUCAAGUAUCUUCGAUGCGAUCGUUGUGAUUGCAAUCGGCCGGUAGUUGCCAGGGUCAGCUGCAUCCUUUAGCUUGUUUUUGAUUAAUGGUAUCAAGUGAACUAAGAGUAGGGAGUCUGGAAGAAACCGUGAAUUAUGCACGCAUUGAAUAGGGCAGCUAGCAAAAUGUAAAUUAUCGGAUGGCAGAGUUUGAAGGCCUCUGCAGGAAGACCAUCACAGCCGGGCGAUUUAUUAUUAGGUAGGCUGUUUAUGGCAUCGCUGAUGUUACCUGGCGUAAUACGGUCUGCAAAAUGAAAUUGAAUGUUGUCAGUAAGGAGGUUAUCUACAUCCCUUCGGGAAUCUUGAUCAUUUAUGCAAUUCAGGAUAUUGUUGAAGUGAUCGCCCCACAUACUUGCAAUAGCUUCGUCUCCGACUGCUUCCCCUACUCUCUGUGAUAGCUUUUUAGUUUUGGGAUUUAAAGACUGGAUAUCUUUCCAAAGACGAGGAUAAUCACCAGAUUCUACGUUUCUAGACAUUGCAUCGGUUAUUAGUUGUUUUUCAUUUAACCUGCAAUGCUUAAGAGCAAGUUUGAACUGCGCUCUCGCCUGUCUCAUUAGCAAUGCAGUGUGCCCUUCCCUGGGGCUACCAUUUUGCCUCCACAGUAAAAACAUUUCUCGUGAGUAUGUAUACAGAUCUUUAACCAAGUCAUUCCAUCCAGGUAUAUUACGAGAAUUACCUUGACGAAAUCUGUAGGCCACCAAUAAGGUUCACCAUCGAAAAAGUAACAAAGAAAAUAAAAGAAUAUAAUAAUUUCAAGAUAACAGGAAUAGACAAGAUCCCAGACUGAGCUCCCUAAAAGCUCAAAAGACUGAGCUCCCUAACAAACAUAGGCCCAUCUGCUGCCUUCCAACAACCUACAAAUGGCUCACAGGAGUCAUAGCAGACGAGAUCUGUGAACACCUAGAUCAAGGCAAAUAUAUGGAAAAAGAACAAAAGGGAUGUACAAGAAACAAACUUAGCAAUAAAGGUCAACUGCUAAUAAACAAAACAAUAUUAGAAGAUUGUAAGAAAAAACAAAGGAACCUUAAUGUGGCUGGGAUAGAUUACACGAAGGCAUUUGACACUGUGCCGUGCACCUGGAUAUUCAAAUGUAUGGAAUUAGACAACAUCAAUGAGGAAAUAAGAUCUUUCUUGGCAGCACAGAUGAGUAAGUGGAGGACCACUCUCUGUCUAAAACACUCUGAGGGCCAGAUAGUAAUUCCAGGCAUAAAGAUCCAAAGAGGAAUAUUCCAGCGUGACAGCUUCUCACCACUUCUAUUCUGCUUGAACGACAUUAACACUGGCUAUGACCUAAGCAAAAGCAGAAGCAGAAAAGAGAAUGAAAGAGUGAACCACCUGCUCUUCAUGGAUGACCUGAAGUUGUUUGCAGACUCGGAAUAAAAAUUGGAAGUACAAGUUAGGACAGUCCACCAAUUCUCAAAUGACACCUGCAUGGAAUUUGGGUUGGACAAGUGUGCCAAGAGUACAAUAAAGAGAGGGAAGAGAGUAACAUCAGAAGGUAUAAAGGUAGAGGAAGGCAUAUUUGUUGAAGACCUGGCAGAGGAUUCUGCAUAUAAGUACUUGGGAAUAGAAGAAAACACUGGUAUAGAACACAAAAAAGUGAGAGAAAAGGUAAAGAAAGAAUACAUCAGCCACUUAAAGAAUUAACACCAAAGAACAAGAUCACUGCCAUAAACCAGCUGGCGAUACCAUUGGUGACAUAUGGUUUUGGCAUUGUAGACUGGCCACAAAGUGAGUUAGACAGGAUGGAAAUUAAAAGAUUCUCACCCUACAUUAAGUCAAAUACAGACAUAAUAUACCUCCCUCGUGGAGAAAGUGGAUUAGGCCUGACUGAGAUCAACCAGGCCUAAAGGGCACCAAUAGUAAGUAUAGGGCAGUACUUGAAAAGCUCUUAGGACGAAAACGUCAAAAAGGUUGCCUAAUACCAUAAUGAAGCCCUGAGCCAACUAACAUCAAUAACUGAUCUGAUAAAAGACACAGAGGAUACCAACAAGACCAACAGCAACAAUUGCCACGAAAACUAAGCAGAAAUACAGUUACAGAGAGGAGACACUUAAAAUGGAAAGGUAGAAAGACCAUGGAAGGACAGGAAGAUGUCAAGAAGAAUUGGAAAAGUUGCAUUGACAAAGAAGAGUCACUUAGAUGGAUAGGAAAUGGAGAUCUAGGUUAUGAUGGAGAGACUGAUAAUAUGAGCCCAAGACCAAGGCCUCCUGACAAACGAUUUCAAGAGCAGUUAACCAGUGUAUGUUUUGUCAUGCAGUGGUUGAGAGUGUUAGUCAUCUGAUAUCAGCCUGCAAGACCCUGCUUGCAGAUGGUCACUACACAAGCCCACCACAACAAGAUCUGUAAAUAUAUUUUGGAAAAUAUGUAAAGAAUACAGAAUUGAAGUGAAAGGAAAAGUGUGGGAGCAUGAACCAGAUCCAAUCACCUCCAUCUUUUAUGACAAGGAAAUGCCAACAGGAAGAUAUAUAGAAGGAGGUGUUAUAAGACCUGAUAUUGUGAUCUGGAACUAGGAGGAAUAAACAGCAAAGAUUAUAGAAGUGACAGUACCCAGUGACUUUGGUCUUAAUAGAGCUGAAAAGCAUAAAAUAACAAAAUACCAAGACCGGAAGAAUGACCUGAAAAGCACAUGGGAACUGAAGGAAAUAGAAAAAAAUACCUUUGGUGGUAGGAGCAACAGGACUUAUAAAGAAAAACUUGAGAAAAUAUCUUCAGGGUAUACAAAGUUGCCCAGUAUAAAUGAGGUGCAGAUUUUUGCCCUCAAAGAAAUGGUAAACACCUUGAAACGAGCCCUUGGAUAUAAGGCUAGUGGAAUAUAGAGGUGCAACCAUAGACCCCAGGCUGGGGCCCAUUGCACCCCUGAUAUAAAUUGAAAAUUACGAAUAGCAUAGUAAGCCAGAGAGAAACCAUAUAGUUGCUCUAUAUGUCAAAGAAGUUUUUCUCAACCAAGUCCUCUCAAAUGACAAGAGAAUUCACACUAGACAGAAACUGUUUACUUGAUCUCUGUCCGAGUAGUUUUAUUAAAUGAUUUCAUUUAACUUGACUCCUGCGUCUGUUUUGAAUGAAGGUGUCGCAAAAGGUGUGUAAAAACUCAUGCUAGAAAGAAGUCAUAUCCUUUAUCUGCACUUGGUUUCCGAGAAGUCUUUUAUUUUCAUUAGGUUUUUUCAUUAGGUUCAUCUUAGAAUGAAUUUGUUAACUCAGAAGAAAGAUGUCAUUCUUCCACACGAUGUAGAAACAUUUUUUCUUUUGUAGAUUCAUAACAUAUGUGAGCACUCAUGAAGGAUAGAUAUUGUUCUUUUACACUGCACGUUGUAGUUUUGUCUUGUAUUCUGCAAAUCACAGUCAUUGGUUCUGAAUGCCAGACUGUUUUUCUUGUAUCAAAAUGCACAAGCAAAGUCACUCAUAAGCGAGGAUGUUCAGUUGCACUGACGGAUUUGUUAAUGUUUUGCACCCCAAAGUAAGUUGCACUUGAUGUGGAGAUAAUUAUUGUGAACUUGUCUGCAAAAUCUAUAGAAAAAAAGGCAACAGCAACCUAAGGGAUGAUAAAAAGAAAAACCAUAUUUAUAUUUUUAUGAUCCAAUUCAUGACCAUCAUCAUUGCUGUUACUCAAAGAAGAGAAGGAGAAUCUGGAGGAGGGUCUCACUGAAAAUGCAGAUGAAGGCUCUUCAUUUGCAGAGUCUUUAUUGGAAGUCAGGGCAGAGCCAGAGUGAAUUUGAAGCAAAAUGGUUGUGUAAUCUUUAUGCAAAGGUAAAAUAAAUGACUUAGUUUUUUUCUUACAAUUGUUCUCAUUGAACACUGUACAGUGCUAGGUUAAGAAACUUUCCUUUGUCCUCUCCACUUUUCUUGUUCCUGAGUAUUUUUUGAAUGAUUUCCAAAUAAAGAAUUAGUAUUGUCUUUGGCUGACACGAAGUUUUCUUCCUUUUGUUAUUCAGCAUUGUGCAUAUAUGCAUAGGUGUAUGUAGUUGUAAGCUUGAAUAUUACCAUGAAAUGUUAUUCUUUAUGGAAAUAGAAAGGACUGAUAUCUUCAUUAAACUUCAAUGAAAUUUUGGUGCAUUUUUAUAUGAUUAUUUUUUUAUAUGUUCUUGGUUUUAAUCUUCUACAAAGAUUGUGCUACAGCAUUUGUAAGUAAAUCCUAAUGCCUUGUAUUAGCUCACUAAAUACUACAGUGGACUGUGUAGUAUUUUUUUUUAGAUUAACCAGUCUGAAGUGUUGAGACUAGACUAGUUAUGUAAAUGACUAAAGUGAUGUGUUAUUCUGAUUAGAU